UCCUUUAUGGCUGGCUUGGCUGGAUCAGGUGUCCUGACCUCUGGUCUGAGGCUAGUCACAAGAGCGGCCUUUGACAAAACUGAUCAUGGUCUUCGCAAGGGCACUUUAUUGUUUCUAGCCAUCUCUGCCUUCUCCGAGUUCAUUUGCAUCUUUCUCUACGCCUUUGUCUUCCCUAAAUUGCCAAUAGUGAAACACUUCCGCAAGAAGGCAGCCUUAGAAGGAUCCAAAACCGUGGCAUCUGACCUCGCCGCUGUUGGCAUUGAGACACAAUCAGACCAACUGGUUGUAAGGAUGAGCAAGAAGAAACUAAUCCUCGAGAACAUCGAUUACGCGCUUGGCUUGUAUUUGAUUUAUGUGAUAACAUUGUCCAUCUUCCCUGGUUUCUUGUAUGAAAACACUGGAAAUCACCAAUUGGGCACAUGGUAUCCACUCGUUUUGAUGGCCAUGUACAAUUUGUUGGAUCUUGUUGGGAGAUGCAUUCCUCUUGUGAAGUGUCUGAAUCUCGAAUCGAGGAAGGGAAUUUUCACUUCGAUCAUCGCUCGUUUCUUGUUCAUCCCGGCUUUCUACUUCACAGCAAAAUAUGCUGACCAAGGAUGGAUGAUUAUGCUCACUUCCCUCUUGGGGUUAACCAACGGUUAUCUCACUGUCUGUGUGCUCACUGCAGCUCCUAAAGGUUACAAGGGACCUGAACAAAAUGCUUUGGGUAAUAUCCUUGUGGUGUUCCUUUUGGGAGGUAUCUUUUCUGGUGUUGCUCUUGAUUGGUUGUGGCUCAUAGGCAAUCGCUCGUUUUAAGGAGAAGUCUUAUAUCUUUUCUUUUUCUUUUUUUUCUUUUUUUUUUUUUUAAUACUGACAUGAAUAUAAAGAUUUCAUGCUCUCCGACAUAAGUGGGAUUUUUCGUUUAUAGGGCAAAUAGUUUGUUUCCAGUACCAAUGAGAGAUUAAAAUAAGUGAUCAAUGGGGAAAUAGUUUGGAUUUUACAAGGAUGAAACUUGCUGUGUAUAUUUUUAGCCUUAUUAACUGUUGGGUAUGGUACAUGAUUUUCGUGUGCUCUUGUGAUUAGAAAAAGGGUAGAUAUGAAUUAGGACAAGGAUUCAGUGUUCAAGUUCAAGGCACAAAAAUAUGCUGAAUUGAAACUUGAAUUAAGCAAUUUGUAAUUUCCUAUAUGCAGAGCACGGAUUUUGAAACACUUCUCACGAACAAGCUAGUUUGUUUAAUUAUUUCAUAUACAAGUUAGUUUGUGUAAUUAUUUUUCAUUCACCAUUUUGUAAGUUCAGGGGCUUAUGAUCAUAACCAUUUUGAGU